GGGGUUUAAGAGGGAAUGGGAGCGUCCCAGCCACAGACCCAUUUGCCUCAGGAAGCCGAGCUCAUCUGGAUUCCCACCAUGGCCUGGGCCCCUCUGCUCCUCGCGCUGAUCACGUACUUGUCAGGUUCUCUGGACCAAUACGUGCUGACUCAGCCGCCUUCAGUGUCUGUGUCUCCAGGGCAAAAAGCUCAACUGACCAGUUCGGGAAGCAACAUUGGUAGCAAGUAUGUGCAGUGGUACCAACAGAAACCCGGCAGCGCCCCGCUACAGCUUAUCUAUCAAAGUAGCAGCAGACCCUCCGGAAUCCCGGAGCGAUUCUUCGGGACCAACUCCGGUAACACGGCCACGUUAACCAUCACUGGAGUCCAGGUGCAGGACGAGGCUGAUUAUUACUGUCAGGUGUAUGACAGCACAAGUGCUCAGUUUGUCUUCGGUGGAGGAACCCAGCUGACCGUCCUUGGUCAGCCAAAGGCAUCUCCUACCAUGCACCUCUUCCCUCCAUCCUCGGAAGAGAUAAAAACAAAGAGCAAAGCCACACUGGUGUGUCUGCUGGGCAGCUUUUAUCCAGGGUCAGUCCAAGUUACCUGGAAAGCUGAUGGCCAGCAGCUCUCCACUGGAGUGGAGACAACCAAGCCAUCCAAACAGAGUGACAACAAGUUCAUGGCCAGCAGUUACCUGUCUCUGGAUGCAUCAAAGUGGAAGACUCAUGACACCUAUACCUGCCAGGUGACACAUGAUGGGAAGAACUUUGAGAAGUCCCUGAAGAGCUCAGAUUGUUCUUAACCCUCUGACCCGCAGAGGACUUGGUCGGUUCCCGUGUCAGUCUAUAGGGGUUCCCCAAGGGAGCCUGGAUCUGUCUGUAGCAUUCCCAUAAUGCUGAUUUCCAGCAAAUCUGCUUCCUCUUUUAGGUGGGGGAUUUUACCAAUCCAUAUGACACCUGUCUUUAUUCCCACAUCCCCACAGCUCUCACCCCCUGCAUUCCCUGGAAAUGUCCUUCCUGCUUUAGUCUCUGAUGCAGCCUUGUUAGGAUAUUAAUAAAAUUGGAAAAAAUGGACUAUCACUGUGAAGAGUUUAACUUCUUCUGUCCCUUUUUCUCCUGAUGUAUUAAUUGCAAUAUUCAUAUAAUCUUCCAAUAAAAUAAACUUACCUUUUAUCAGCCAA